CUGUUAAGGCGGCCAUGACGAAGUGCCAUAUAGAUAGAGGGAGUGUAAAUGGCAGACACUUAUUUAUCCAAGCCUUGAAAUCUGAUAUCCAAGAUCAAGGUGCUAGCACGGUCUGGUCCUGUUGAGGACCUUCUACUGACCUUCUUCCAGUCAUCUUCUACCUGCUUCAUCUCCUCCUCUUAUAAGGAUGCUAACCCCAUCAGGAGAGCCCGCUCAGGGCUUCACUGACUGCGAUCACUUUCCAGAGAAUUCAUUCCCUAGCCCCACUGCACUGGGGGCCGAGCUUCCAUUUGCUAAUGUUGGGUUGCAAACAUUCACUCUGCAGCAGGAGCUCCUGAAGGGGUUUAAACACUGAGAACAUUAAUCCAAAGUGUUUUGCCCUUGCUAAGUCUACAAUGCCCUCUCCCUGCCCCCCCGCAUCUCUGUGUUUCCAGAUGCUGCCCUGGACUCUUUCUUGGGAACUUUUGGUGACAUCGACAUGGGUUUUACUUGAGAAAUUUCAGAGGAAUAGGAGCUGGAGAGAUGGCUCACUAAAGUGCUUGUAUGCAAAAAGGAGGGCCUGAGCCAUCCUCAGAACCCACAUGAAAACUAGGUGUGGCGACAUGUACCUGUAAUCUGCGCAACAAGGUGAAAUGGGUGGAUCCUUGGGCUCAUCAGCUAGCCAGCCUGAUCUAAUUGGUGAGCCCCAGGCCAGUGAAGGAUCCUGUCUCAAAAACACAAGGUGAGUAUCUGAGUAACAAUGUGUAAGAUUGUCCUCUGGCUUCAACACAAGUUCAUACACAAACUCUCACAUACAUGAGCAUGCAAUACACACGCACACACACGUACACACACAGGCACACUGAAUACACACACACACACACACACAUGCACACAUAUGCAUUCACACACAUGCAUACAUAUGUACACACAUACAGGAAUACACACAUGCACACACAGGCACACUGAAUACACACUCACAUACACACAUGCACACAAACAUGCACACACAUGCAUACAUAUGUACACACAUACAGGAAUACACACAUACAGGAAUCACACUUGCACAUACAUAUAUACACCCAGGCAUACUGAACACACAAACACACCCACACACACAGAAAAACAAACUUGGAUUCCCAUCCCUGUGCUGCUUGGUGGUUUAUGCAAAUCUUUGCUAUUUCUCCACAAGAAGAGACAGUGAUUUUCUGCUUCUGAAGUUCACUGACAGCAGCUUUGAAGCUUUCCUGUGCUUGUACUUAGCUUAGCCGGUCUUAGGGAGCAGUGGGGAGUUGCCUGGCUACUGCUCUGACUGUAGAUUAGGCCAAAAGGCUGCAGCUUCAGACAUAGUAAUCGCAAACUAGGCCUGGCUCGAUUGAGGAGCUUGGCAUCCAAGAUCAGGGAUAAACCUUGAUUCUGUCCGGACCUUUGCUGCAGUAAUCAGGGCAGGGAUAAUGCUCUGCGAGUUCAGAAGCAACAACAAAAACUACCUUGAAUUGUAAACCACACAGCUAUUCUUUCCUGUCUUUGGGGUUUAGUAAAGCAACCUUAUCUUCAGCUGGGGCUGUGUCUCAACGGGUAGAGUUCUUACCUAGCAUGAACGAAGCCCUGGCUUUCAUCCCCGACACUGCAGAACCCAGAUGUGGUAGCACACAUCUCUACUUCUAGUGCUUAGUAUGUAGAGGCAGGAGAAUUGGACGUUCAAGGUCAUCUUCCUUUACCUGGAGAGUUUGAGACCAGUCUGAGAUAUUCGAGAACUAUCGCAAAACAAAGCAGAAAACCCAAACCCAGCAACCAUCAAGUGCCCGCCUCAGUGUCCAGCCAGCUCUGUGAGAACCCUCACCAGGGCUGAAUUAGCCACCCUUUCUAAAAUAGAAGGGACUAUUUUCCAGGAGAAACUACACUGAUGGUUUGGAAGUGCUGGAGAGGCAGACCGCAAGGCAACUCCGACACAGCAGGGCAGACACUGUCCUCCCUUCACUCGGAUUGUCUGCUUUCCAUCCCAGACCGUCCCCGCUAGGUGGAGGAUGAACUCAGGAUUUCUGGGCCAGCCUCUGCUGCAUGUGCUCUUGGGGACUCAUCAUCAGAGACGAGCUUGUUCCACUCACCUUAUGACUAGAUCCAGGUCAGGCCAGUGUUGACCUGCAGCGGCACAGAAAGCAGAAUGCUCUAAGACCUCAGGCUUGUGAUUCUCUGUGAAGUGUGGCUAUUUGUAGGAUCCAUGUGCAGAGAUGGCUGUCAUUACUACGCAAACUCACCAAGAGAACCCCAGUUGUGCCUCAGGAAGCCAUCGGCUGACUAGAACUAUAUUGCCUGGCAGGUGCAGGAAGUGAGCUGAGGCCCACUGAGCUUCUAGGAUGGCUUUUAUUUCCUGGUGCAGGCAAAAAUCUUUUUUCUUUCCUGCCCUUCGCCACUUCUUCUGUUUUCUGCUUUUGUAUGAAAUAGCUGGAGCUGAAGCAGUUUUUUUGUGAGCAUGAGUGUAUGCUUUUAUAACGUAACAAAACCGUCCUGGUCGUCUGGGUCUCAAAUCUGGAGGUAGCAUAUCUCCAUUUAACAAAUAUCCAUGGUGCCUUUGUGUUCUGUGUACCAGUUGUGUAUAUACACACACACAUAAUACUGAACAAAUUUUUGACAUGCUGGGUCAUACAUUCUACAGAUGUAAUAGUCAAUACACAAGCUUUGAUCCCGGAGUUUCUAGGGCUGCAAUGGAUGAGAGAGGAAGGCAGUAUAUUCAUUCAGACCUGUCCCCGGCCUGAGCUGGACUUGGCUGAGUUCUGAGGAGGGGAAGAGUGAUGGUUCAAUCAGGUCUGGCCUAUAUCAAACUCCUCACCUGGUCUCUGAAUGGAUCUGGCUGUGGUGACGGCAUGGCUGCCAGAGGCAGUAGAUGACCACAAAGAAUCAUUUCUGGCCACACCCGUGGAACUGCACACAUGAACUCUGGGUAGCUGUGACAACUUGUAUAAAACCAAACUCCAUCAUGGAUCAGGGAGCUGGGUACACACGUCUGCCCUUAGUUAUGGAACAAUUGGGAGUUGGUAGCCUCUGGGAUGUGAAGGGUCUGUUUUCUCCAGCAGUGGACUAUGCAUUGAAAGCACAAAUUGAGCCUGGCAGAAUCCGUGUUGAAGCACAGAACAUUUAGCUCCUCUGUCAGAAUGAAUGGGGACCAGAAAUUGGAUGUUUAUAACCAAGAAAAGCAGAAUUUCAUCCAGCACUUCUCCCAGAUCAUCAAGGUGCUAACUGGGGGUGAACUGGGACACUGAGAGACAGAAGAUGCUAUUAGCUGGCUCAAGGAGGUCCUGGAGUAUGUCGCUGUAGUAGGCAAGUACAAUCGGGGUCUGAUGGUGGUACAGGCCUUCCAGGAGCUGGUGGAGCUGAGGAAACAGGAUGCUGAGAGACUUCAGUGGGCCCUGACUGUGGGCUGCUGUGUAGAACUGCUCCAUGCUUUCUUCCUCGUGUCAGAUGACAUCAUGGACUCUUCCCACACUCGCCGGGCGCAGAUCUGCUGGUAUCAGAAGCCGGGCAUAGGCUUGGAUGCCAUCAACGAUGCUCUGCUUUUGGAAGCCUCUAUCUACCGCCUGCUUAAGUUCUACUGCAGGGAGCAGCCCUACUACCUCAACCUGCUGGAGCUCUUUCUACAGAGUUCCUAUCAGACUGAGAUCGGGCAGACUCUCGAUCUCAUCACAGCACCCCAGGGCCAUGUGGAUCUUGGUAGAUACACUGAAAAGAGGUGCAAAUCUAUUGUCAAGUACAAGAGAGCUCUCUACGCUUUCUACCUGCCUACGGGGCUGUCAUGUACAUGGCAGGGAUUGAUGAAGGAAAGCGAUAAUGCUCUGGAGAUCCUGCUGGAGAUGGGCGAGUUCUUUCAGGUCUGGGAUGACUACCUUGAUCUCUUUGCAGACCCCAAUGUGACUGGAAAGGUCGGCACUGACAUCCAGGACGACAAAUGCAGCUGGCUGGUGGUUCAGUGUCUGCUACGAGCCACUCCUCAGCAGCGCCAGAUCUUAGAGAAUUAUGGGCAGAAGGACCCAGAAAAAGUGGCGCGGGUGAAAGCACUGUAUGAGGAGCUGGAUCUGCAGAGUGUGUUCUUCAAGUACGAGGAAGACAGUUACAACCGCCUCAAGAGUCUCAUAGAGCAGUGCUCCGCGCCCCUGCCCCCAUCCAUCUUCCUGGAACUAGCAAACAAGAUCUACAAGCGGAGAAAGUGACCUCGAAUUGUAGAGGCUGCAAGGGAGGGGUCUCAAUAAAUUAUUGUUCAACAACAACAACAACAAAGAAA